UCUUGAAGAGUUUCUCGCUAUUUAUGAUCAUUGAUCGUUUCAAAUCUAUCUAACGCUUCCCACAGACGAUUCCCGGCUCUGAAACCUUUGUGACAAACUACCAAAGCUGAUCUUUCUUGGCUGAUCUUACAUGAAGUUACAGCAAUUGGAAAAUUCUCGAGUCGAGAGGAGAAGGAACUGAUGGGGCAAUACAUCAUGUAUAGAUUUUUAAAUAAAUUUUAUAGCUUCCCAAGAAUUUCUCGGCAUCUUUCAGGGACGUCAAAGGAGGACAUUCAAUAUCUUGUUGAUGGGGUUCUAGGCAGAGAACGUGCUAGACUAGCUGAAGCAAUCACCCUCAUAGAAUCUUCUCAUCCAAAGAAGAAGAUUUUAGCUCAACAUUUGUUAAGCGAAGUUUUAAAUGUAUGUCGACAGAAUUUAUUCCAGCCUCAUUCAUAUCGCAUUGGUAUUUCAGGCUCACCUGGAGCAGGGAAGUCCACUUUUAUUGAAGCUUUAGGGACAAUAUUGACUGACAGAGAUCAUAGGGUGGCAGUACUUGCUGUGGAUCCAUCAUCUGUUACGACUGGUGGGUCAUUACUAGGAGAUAAAACACGAAUGACAGAACUUAGUAGACAUCCUAAUGCUUAUAUUCGACCAUCUCCAUCAAGAGGUGCCUUAGGUGGUGUGACUCGAUGUACAAAUGAUGCUAUAGUUCUAUGUGAAGGAGCUGGUUAUGAUACGAUCUUGGUUGAAACAGUUGGUGUAGGUCAAUCAGAACUUGCCGUCUCAGAAAUGGUAGAUAUGUUUAUCUUGUUAGUCAGUCCUGCAUCCGGAGAUGAAUUGCAAGGGAUUAAACGUGGGAUUAUGGAGGUUGCAGAUCUAAUAAUUAUUACUAAAGAUGAUGGAGACUUGAAAGCAGCUGCCAGAAAAAUGAAGGCCGAGUACAUAAGUGCAAGUAAAUUUUUACGGAGCAAGAAGUCUUUAUUGUGGAAGCCUAAGAUUCUCACCGCUUCAUCAACAAAACGAGAAGGUAUUAAUGAAGCAUGGAAUCAGGUGGACGAAUUUUUUAAAAUUAUGACUGAAUCAGGGGAACUAAAAAUGAGACGAAAAGAACAGCAUGGACUUUGGAUGUGGAGUUACAUAAAAUAUGAAGUUCUGGAAUUAUUUAAGAAACAUCCAGCUGUCAAAGAGAAUGUCAGAUAUUAUGAAGAGCAAGUUAAAAUUGGAAACAUUACACCAGGAUUAGCUGCUGAUGAAUUAUUGGGGCUGUUUUUACAAUCACGCUGAUUAAAGGAAGAAACAAACAAAAUCUAAUAAAGAUUACCAUAUUACUUGAAAUGACUCUCUUUUGUCUUGAAUAUGGGUGGAAAAGGUUUAUUUGAUGACCUAAUGUUUAAAAUGUGAUGGCCCAGUUACAACUCUAGUCGUAGUCUCCUUACCAAAGGCAAAGCCCCUAUUUUAUAUUAGGCAGUUGUUAUACCACAGAGACACCUAACAUGGUACUUCAGUAACAAAAUGGUGGGUGUAGGAUAUCGCUGUAAUAUUGAAGAGUAUAAAAGGCUCAGCCUUCAUUAGCCUCUAAAAACAAGGACAGUUGAGCUGUAGAGCAGAGGCUGUAGAGGGAGCUAUUCCCCUCCUCAUAACAUUUUAUUUUGUGUCAAAGUGGAACUUAUAACUUAUUAAUUAUUAGCUAAUCUAUCUAGUGACUAAUGAGUAGUGCCACUAGUGUAUCUAAUUAGCACAUAUAACACGGUAUUUAUUGGUUUAUUAGGCCGUGUUAUAUGUGCUAAUUAGAUACAAACUUUCAUUGAAGCGCAUGCGUGCCUUCAGUGGUCUUAAAGAACACCGCAGAUUUGGAAUUUGGAACCGAACUUGACAACUUGUGGAUAAAAUUUUAGUUAUUUUACCUAUAAAGUAAAGGAUGUCAAAUGAUGCGGUAAAAGUGGGAAUACCGUUGAUUGAUUUGUCAGUUUUUCAAGGUGAAAACAAUCAGAAUGAAUGCGUAAAUACAACAAAAUCUAUUGCAGAAGCAUGUAGAGAUUACGGUUUCUUCUAUGUUAAAAAUCAUGGCGUAAGUGAAGAAGUACAAAUAAAUUUAUUUAACGCUUUGAAGAGCUUCUUCGCAUUGCCUCUGAGAAAGAAAGAAGUGAUAAAGUCGCAAGGAACACCAGGAAUGGUGGGUUACUUUCAAUUUCAAAGUGAAACAACAGCGUACUUAGUAAAUGAUGCUCCCGACUGGCGAGAAGGGUUGUACUCUUUCGGAGACGAACUUCCAGACACACACCAAAGCAAAGAGAAAUUUCCCCUCGUUACCCAAAGAAAUUUACUGCCUGAAGAACCUGGAGAUUUCCAGGAUGCUCUUGAUGCAUACCAUAAAGAACUGAAUGUAUUGGGUUUCAAAAUCGUGAAUGCCCUCGCACAAGCCAUGGGGUUAGAAGAAGAAUUUUUUAUUCAAAAAUUUCAUCCAUAUCCUACAACCACCAUUGGAAUGUACCAUUACCUUCCUAGCACUAAUCAACCUAAUGAAAUCUGCUGUGGUGAACAUACAGAUUAUGGUAUACUUACAAUUCUAAUGCAAGAUGAUGUUGGAGGUCUGGAGAUAAGAGGUGAGGAUGGUAAAUGGAUUCCAGCACCUCCCAUUCCAGGGACAUUUGUGGUCAAUCUUGGAGAUAUGCUGGAGGUAUGGACCAAUGGUUCAUUCAAAGCCACAAUGCAUCGAGUUAGGAAGUCAAAAACUGGAAGAGAUCGUAUUUCUGUAGCGUACUUCUUUGGGCCACAGUUGGAAACUGUUGUUAGCCCUCUUCAGAUAAAGAAUCCAAUGAUUCCAUUUAAAGAAAGGGAACUGAACAGUAAUAUUGAAUUACCAGUUGUAUUUGGAGAGUUUUUGGAAAACAAAUACAGAGGCACUUUCCCAGACCAUGAUUACUAAAUACAAUAUGUCUGCAGAUGUAUUUUACCUGUCCAAAUUUAUUCUUAAGCACCACUUUUAUCAUCCUCUGCCAGGAGAACUAUUAGGGGCUAGUGGUGUACUGCAGCUAAUUGCCAAAAUUUAGUAGAUAAUUUCUAUAUUAAUAAAGUAAAUACAAAGUGUAGACGGUGUUCACAUUGCAAUUGUUUUAUAUA